CUAUUCUGUUGCGGGAGCUUGCCGCGUUCAAGCUGAAAAUACGGGUCAGUGUGUGAGCAAACCAAACGAGAAGUCCAAUCAUGCAGAGCUAUUGCCUCAUCAUCGCGGCUUUGUGCCUCCUGGGAUUAGUGUCUUCGGAGAAAGACCAAGAUCAGUGGGUCUGGCGUUCUUAUAAUCGCAGGGAGCGUUCUUUUCGGGACAUCAGCCGGAGUUCUCCUAUAAGGAACUCCUAUGAUCAGAAGCUGAGGAGGGAACCCACAACUAGGAGACCUCUGCCUGGCGAACCGGAGAACGAUGAGAUCGAGGACUAUGCCGAUGUGGAGCCCACAAGAUCAUCGGAUGCUCCCCAAGUGGGCACUCGUCAAUUUAAUCCCUAUGGAGGCCAACCGAAUGCCGGGCAGUUCGGAGGAGGAAUUGGAGGAGGAGGCUAUGGUGGAAAUCCUGGAGUGCUAGUGGGACCAGGAGGACCUACUGGAAUCAUAGGAAGACCGCAGCUGUUCCCCAGUCCCUAUCAACCGGGUUAUGGUGGUGGCUUUUCGGGAGCUCAGAAUGGCAUUGGUGGUUAUCCCGGAGGAUAUCCUGGAGCUGGAUUUCCCUGGAGCCAACGUAGGAGGGGCUUCAAUAACUAUCCCACCAAUGGACUUGGCCUAAAUCAAUUCCCCAGCAAUGGUCAGUAUCCAUAUGGAACCUAUCCAGGUGGUGAUCAAUUCAGUGGCAAUCAAUUUGCCGGCAUCGGUGGACAACAGUUCCCGGGAUUAGGAGGACAAUACCCAGGAAGUCAACAGUUUGGAGGACCUCAGUACACCGAGGGCUAUGGUCUAGCUGGAGGAUUGGGCCUGGGUCAACUGGGAGUUGGUAAGGGUGGUAUAGGUUAUAACGGAGGUGGUUUCCCUCCUCUAGGUGGCUUUGGCUACGAUGAGAAAUCCCCAGCUGUGGCCGAGGGUAAAAGCGCCAAGAAUGUGGCUGCGGCACCCAGAAAUGUGAAUGAUAAGCUCAGUAAGAAGGUCUAAACGAGACUAGUUUAGAGUUACGGAACUGAAAGU